ACGUCCAAAGACUGCUGAAUUUAUAUAACUGUGGAAGCGACAACUCAUCGUUAUUACGACAUUUUCGUUCUAUGGAAAUGGCGGUGCAAGAUGAGAACGAGAAGUUUACAAAAGAACACAUCGAUACGAUUUCUUCCCAGUUUUUUGGAAGGUUUUUUGGUAAACCUGUAAAGAAGAGUGUUUUUCCUGUUGCGAACGACUGCCACGACAUGUUCAGGAGCCUAUUCAUAUGGGCUUUACUGACGGAAAGAUGGAAGUUGGCCAAAGUCUUUUGGGCAUACGGUCCAGAACCGUUGGCAGCAGCUCUUUCAGCAGGAGUUCUUUUCAAAGCGAUGGCUGAUAGACUCGCAGGUGAUGCCUUUCGUGAAGGCAAACGGAAGACUUUAGAAGAUCAGCAAAUGAAUUGGAACAGGAGAGCUUGUAAACUGCUGCAAGAAUGCUACCAAACAAAUCGUGCUGCGACAGAAAUGCUUUUGAAGUGCACAUCUGAAAAAUGGGGCGAUCAAAAUUCUAUCAGUUUAGCCAAUGCAAACAGGAAUAAGGAGUUUACAGGAGACAUUGCCGUCCAGCGAGUGCUUUCGAAAGCGUGGAUGGGAAGCUUGAUAUCCCGGACACCGUCAAUAAAGAUAUUUUUGUCAGCAAUCUUUCCCUUUCUCAUUGCACUAUUCAUUAAAGUUGAAGCGCAAACAGACUUUACGUGUACCCCUGCUAAGUCUAAGACAGAGGUCGACAACAGAGAAACCGCUGCAAGGCGUUCCCUAUCAAGAAACGUCAGCCAGACUAAUUUUAUGUCGGGUACAGCUCCUCCGAAGUCACAAUCAGUAGCAAAGAAAUUUCAAAAAUUACGAGAGAAAUUGUCAGUUUUUUACACUUCUCCAGUCUCAAAGUAUUGUCUCAGCUUGGCAUCCUAUCUGGUCUUCUUAUGCAUCUUCUGCUUCAACCUUCUUGUUCGAUGGGAUAGCAUGAGUCCAACAGCGUUGGAGAUAUUGACUGCAGUCUGGGUUAUGUCACUCGUUGCUGAAGAUUUGUUCCAGAUACAUGGAACCAUUGGUUUAACGUGGUAUGACAAGCUGUGUUUGUGGCUAUCCGACAUUCUUUCCAAGCUCAAGGUGGUUGCUCUGCUGCUCUACCUUGCUGCCGUUGCUUUACGGUACUCUCCACACGACGGCGACAAAUUCUAUCCAAACACUAUUCGAUGGGCUAGAAUACUCUUCAGCAUCGAUAUCUGUUUCUUCUUUAUGAGAGUAUUGGAAUUCUUCUAUGUCAAUGAAGAGCUGGGACCCAAACUAUACAUGAUAUAUAGAAUGAUUCGUGAUGUCAUCGUUUUUAUCACAAUUCUUCUUGUUUGGAUUGUCAGCUACGGUGUUGCAAUACAAGCUCUCAUUUUUCCUUUCCAAGAUGCUUCAUGGGAUUUGCUGUACAAUGUCUUCUACAUACCAUUCUGGCAGAUUCACGGACAGUUUUACUUCGAUCACAUGAACGGCGAGUCGGUCGAGAACUGCGGUUCAAUCGAUCAUGUGAAUGAAACUACCACUGGCGAUUAUACGAUGUGUCCCCAGAAGGAAUGGGUUGCCAGUAUUUUACUGGCAGUGUACGUGACCGUCACCGUCAUCAUUUUGCUCAAUCUCCUUAUUGCAAUAUUUAAUGAUACGUAUAGGUCAAUCCAGAAAGAGGCUCGUCUAUUGUGGAAGUUUGAACGCUACAAGGCUGUCGUUAGCUAUAUAAACAAGUCGUCUGUUCCACAUCCUUUGGUAUGGUUGGCAUUUGUUUAUCACAUGUUACGUGGCGAUGGUCCAAGAAUGAGAGAAUCAGAUAUUUGCAUACCAAGGGAUAAGCUGUCAUUCUCAGAUGUUGAUUCCAUGAUUUCUCUAGAAGCAAAGUGUCUAGAAAAAGUACUCAAGUUUCACACCGAAACCGAAGAUUGACUGGCAAGCAGAACAAAGCUACUUCUCUUGGUGUCUAAGACUUAAAGUUGUCAUUUGCCGUACAGUCAUAUUGUUGUAGCAAAAACACUAUUCUAGAUAAUUAUAUUAAUCAAUUAGCUUUUGCUAGACUGGAUCAGCCCUCCGUAGUUGAAAGCCUGUAGUUCCAAGCUGGGCUUAAUAUUUUUGUUUAUGAUUCAGUGACUGUGAAAGAUAUGCAGUCGCAGUAUAUCUGCUAAUCUUAUAUUUUAGUUGAUUGAUGUGGUAGCCUAUAAAAAUUUGAAUUGCAUAAACGUUUAAAGAUUAACUAUACAGCAAGACGUUUUAAUGUUAUUAUAUUCGUUUUGU